AUUAGAAUACAAGAUAGUCGGAAUCUUCUACAAGGGUCUGGUGGGGAAUGGAAAAGCCUAAUUAAUUUGCAAUAGUUUCCAAUAUUUUGGUUUCAUAAUGAGUAAUAUAUACAUCCAAGAGCCCCCAACGAAUGGAAAGGUUCUCCUGAAGACAUCAUGUGGGGAUUUGGACAUAGAGCUGUGGACCAAGGAGGCGCCCAAGGCAUGCAGGAACUUUAUCCAGCUCUGCAUGGAGGGCUACUACGAUGGCACCAUCUUCCAUCGCAUCAUCAGGAACUUCAUGGCUCAGGGAGGGGACCCUACAGGGACAGGUGAAGGAGGAGAGUCAAUCUAUGGUCACCCUUUCAGAGAUGAAUUUCACUCCAGGUUGAGAUUUGUGAGGAGGGGCCUAAUUGCUAUGGCUAAUGCUGGUCCCCAUGACAACAGCAGCCAAUUCUUCAUUACUCUCGGUCCCUGCGAGCAUAUACAGGGCAAGCACACCAUAUUUGGCAAGAUUGAAGGCAAUACCCUAUACAAUGCUGUCAAGCUAGGUGAAGUAGACAUUGGAGCAGAUGACAGACCAGUCUAUCCACCCAAGAUUAAAUCCACCCAGGUCCUUGCCAAUCCAUUUGAUGACAUCAUUCCUCGUCAGCUGAAGAAGAAACAAGAGAAGGAAGAAAAGAAGUCUAAAAGUAAAUCAAAGGCAACAAAAAACUUCAGCCUACUUUCAUUUGGAGAAGAGGCGGAGGAGGAUGAGGAGGAAACUGUGAUCGCCAGCUCGUCUAUGAAGAACAAGAGCAAGAGUAUGCAUGACUUGGUCAAGGAUCCCAAGCUUAGCUCAACCCCAGCUGUAGAGAUAGAGAAAGAGGAGAAACCGUCAGAUGAGGAGAAUGAUGAAGAUGACGAGGAGGGUGAAGAAGAGGAGUAUGAGAGGAAUAUAAGAGAGAAGAAGAAAGAAAUGGCGGACAAGAUUCGAUCCAAACUCAUUAAGGAGACAAAGAAGUCAAAGGAGACGGUAAAGGACUCACCGAAGGAAGAGAAACCAUUGUCAAGAAAGGAAGAGCUGCAAGAAGAGUCGAGAAAACUGAAGGAAGAAUUAAGAGAAGGGAGAAAACGGAAGCUAAAACAGGAAUCACAGCAAGAACAGGCAAAAGUAGAACAGGAAGAAGAAACCAAAGAAGAGGAAACUUCAGGCCAGGGAGAUGAACUGGAAGAGUUUCAUGCUCAGAAGAAGAAGUUUAAGGCCAAGAAGAAGACGAUGACCAAGAAAGGCUCUACAAGGGAACAAGAGACAUUGGCAAUGUUGGCUAAGUUCCAGAAUAAACUGCAUUCGGCCAUCUUGAAUAAGAAACCAGAACCAGAGAAGGAGGAUAAAGAGAAGGAAAAUGAAGAGAAGGAAGAAGGUGAAUACAGGGAAGGGGAAGAAGAGAAGAAGGAGGAAGGAGAGGAAGAGGAAGGAGAGAAUUGGUUGGUACACAGUCUCCAGUUUGAGGACCAUGAUGGCAAGGUCAAGGAUGCUAACAUGAAAGAUGCCGAUACAUUCUCCAUCUACGAUCCAAGGAAUCCGAUGAACAAGAGGAGAAGAGAGGACGGUAGUAAACAGAAGAAAAAAGAGAGAAGAUGAUAGUAAAAAGAUGAAGAAAGAUCUGAUAAACUGUCACUGUGCUUCACGUUGUGUUUUUAAUGCAAAAAUUCAACAAGGAACCAGUAAUAUUGCUACUGAGACCCAGUGAAGAGAAGACAAUAAACAGAAGAGAAGCAAUAGAAAACAAGAGGGAAGAGAACAAAUGAAGGUGAAGGAUGCCAACAUGAGAGAUUCCCUCAGUAUCUGUGGUUUAAGAAAUCCGAUGACCAAAACAAGAAGGGAGGAUAGUAAAUUUUAGAAGAAAGAUAGAAGGUAAUAGACAGAAGAGAAAAGCAAGUAUUAUAGUAAAAAGAAGGAAAACAGAGGAGAAACCAUGGCUGUGCUUCUGAGAUCUAGUGAUGAAAAAACAUUAAACAGAAGAGGAUAGACAGAAUAUGAUGGUAAAAAGAAGAGAAAGAGACAAGAAGUCGUCACUGUUCUUCACAGACUCUCUUUAAGAAAGCUUGAGGUUGCAUUACCAUGCCAUUCUGAACGUUCUAUUCGUUGAACCAACAAUCGUGCUUCUGAGAACCACGAAUGAGGGGAGCAGAAACAAAAGAGGAAAGGCCAUGGUGAUGAUGAUGCUGUGUUACCAUUCAGUGAAAAUUAUCUUCAUGUAGCAUUGCAACUGCACCAGUAUGCAAGUCUUUUCUGCUUGUUGGAGAUGAUAGCUUUAAUCAUCAAAAGCUCAAUUUUAAGUAAUAAUGCAAGUGCACCAAGAUGCAGAUGUUGUUUUUGUUCACUGAAUAUGAUAGUUGGAACCACCAAACACACUCAGCCUGUUCACUUCUGAAUUCUCUCAUUCCCAUAGCCUCAAUACAGGAUCCAACCGGAUCCCGUAGGCAAUUAGUUAAGAAGUGUUGGGACGCACCAAGGUACAGACAUUUCUAAAAGUUGGUCUUACAUCGGUGCUUUCCCAGAGCCAAUGAAGAGAGGCUGAUUAGUAGAAGAAGAAAGAAGGACGAUAGUGAUUUCAACUAUCGAAUUACAAACAUUUAUUGAUAAACAAAGUUGUUUCAUUUACACUUUAAUCUGAUGUAUAUUGCAGUGGAUAAUGGAUAUAAUGGUUGAUGCCAUAGCUCAACUUAACUGUUCUGUACUUGUAUUUAAAAAAAAUAUAAAGAAGAAUCCAGAUGUAAAUCAUUACAGCAUUCUGAGAGUCAUAGAGAGAGCAACCAGUACAAAAGAUAAGCCAUCACAUCAUAAUUGUGAUAAAGCAACUUGCAACAAAAUGUAGAUGGAAGACGUGCUUUAGAUAUCUCAUUCCAAGGUUUAUGAUACAUUAGGCCAAAUGCAUGGAAAUGGAUGAAACAAGUUUUUUUCCCCCAUUUUGUAUUCAUUUAUUUAUUUACCGUAUAUUUAUUAUUAUUAU